CUCAGCCCUCCCGUCAAACUCACCCCACCCAUCCUCCCAGGGAUCUCAGACGAAGAAGCCCGUAAAGCGCGCGAAUACGAACGUAACAGAGGAGGACUCCAAUGGGCGUAUGAUACGUUCGACGGGGCGUACGGCGUUGUGAGGCGGUCUAUGUUCGGUGCACUAGGGCUUGUCAAGGAGGCUCGGCAACGUAGUUUGUCAAUGACACGGUGUGACGCAUUGCUUCGCAGCGAUCAAGUAAUUGAAGCGGUCGACUCUCACCAAUACAUAAUGCGCACGAUUGACGAGGACGUGAAGGACAGAUACCUCGAAUGGUCCACUGCCUUCACGAAAAACUGCAUUACGCGCUGUGUCGCAAAGGGAGACGAGGCUAUCGCUGCGAGCAAUUAUGAGGCAGCUAUCGAACUAUGUUCAGCAGGGCUUAGGCUGGACUCCUCAUGCGAGUCCCUCUUUGCGCACCGCAGUAAGGCAAAUUUGGCACGAAAUCUCUAUGCAGAGGCCCUUCUCGACGCGGACAAGAUCCUGGAAAUAAAUCCUUCUUUUUAUCUUGGGUACGAAGUCAAGCGUGCAGCGCUUCAUGGCGCACGACGUUAUUAUGAAGCCAUCGAGGCCUUCAAAACUAUGCUCUUGAAGGAUGAUGCGCCCGACGAAUUGAUACAAAAGCUGCGUCAGCAGUAUGCUAGUCGAUCUGAAGUAGAAGACACUAUUCGACGAGCUGUGAACACCCACUUGGAAAACGCUCCGCUUCGUCUGCUCAAUACGUCCACUGGGCGUUUAUGCAAUCGACAAGCACAGAUAUAUGCCUUCAUGGAAAGCAUGGAGUACAAGGAGCUUUUUUCUUCAUCAAUGAUGCGCGUGCCCCUCCAGACCGAAAGCGUCACAGAAGCGGUCGCAAAGUACUUCAGUUGGGUCAUGUUAUCGCAUAGGUGGGAAGACGAGGAACCACUGCUGCACAACGUUCAGGACAAGGUCGUAUACGAGUUGGACCCAGUUGGAACAGUGGUGAAGUUGCAAAAGUUCUGCGAACUUGCUCGUAAUGCGGGGUAUCGCUGGGCGUGGAGCGAUACGUGCUGCAUCGACCAGAAUAACAACGUCGAGCUCCAACGAUCAGUCAACUCCAUGUUUGUCUGGUAUCGCCGGUCAGCUCUUACGAUCGUCUACCUAUUGGAUGUUCUGCCUUCAGCGAAGUUGGGCGCACUCGCAAACAGCGCUUGGAAUACACGAGGAUGGACUGUUCAAGAAUUCCUGGCUCCUAACAUUGUUCUAUUCUACCAAAAAGAUUGGACCUUGUAUCUCAACGACCGCUCUCCCAAUCAUAAGGAGUCUGUCACUAUCCUGAAGGAGUUGGAGGAUUCGACAGGCAUAAAUGCGCAGGCGCUUGUCGCCUUCCGUCCGGGCAUGACAGGCCCGCGCGAGAAGCUGCAAUGGGCAUCGACGCGCGUCACCACUUUACAGGAAGACAUCGCAUACUCAUUAUUUGGCAUCUUCGGCAUUCAUUUACCUGUCAUCUAUGGCGAGACGAAACAAAACGCACUCGGGCGGCUCUUGCAGGAGAUCGUGGCCCAGUCGGGUGACAUCACUGCCCUGGACUGGGUCGGAAAAUCAUCCGAGUUCAAUAGCUGUCUACCAGCUGAUAUUGCCUCGUAUAAACCUCCGCCAUGCACGCUGCCAUUCCUAUCUGAAGACCAGAUACAGACAUCAGUCUUGUCACUACAAAAUGCCGCUAUUGUGGAGCCGGCUUCCAUGCUGUAUAACCGGCUUAAGACCCUGAACACCCCUCGUUUCGCGAACCGCAGGUUGCAACUUCCUUGCAUCGCAUUUCCUAUCACAGAAGUCAGACGGAGGCGUGGUGAAGGCCAGGAGACAUGUUUCACUUAUGAAGUCAAGGCAGAUGGACUUCAAGACAUGUUAAUCAUCACAGAAGAUAGACUGAUUCAGUUCUCGCGGGCAAGGUCUCCUGGGGAACCAUUCUUGCUCGUCCGUCCGUGGAAUCGUUAUGACCUAGAGCUGCCUGAUCUCGCGAACGAUGCAUGGAGCGUGGACAGUGGGUCCGAGCCGGAGUCUUCAUCAGACAAAUCGCUCGGUGAGGAUCCUGGAGAAAAUGAGCUUGUUGAUUCGGAGUCUCACUCCCGAGCGUUGAGGUUGAUCGUGCGCCUGGGACAGCCUUUUGGUGCACUUUUGCUUGCGCAGCAGCGUGGUGGGGAGUACAAGAGGAUCGCUUCGGAUCACACAAUCAUUGCGCAAGUUAGGGACAUGACUGCUGUUCAUGACAAUGUCGGGACGCUUGAGAUAUUGUAGUUGUAUGCAUCUCGAAGAACGGAGAUGACUGACACGUUAUCAUUG